UGGACACAGCGGAUCACCGGUCAACGGAAAGAGCCAAAGAUGUCAGCUUGGUCAUGUGAUCAGCUGUGUCCAAUCACAGCUGAUCACAUCAGUCACGGUGACAGCUCAUGAGGAGAUGAGAGCCGGUAAUCGGCAUUCCUCAGAGGGGACAUGUACGCUGAUCAUCAGGGCACUGAUGAUCAGUGUGCCCUGAUGGUCAGUGUAGCCCCAGCAGUGCCACCUGUCAGUGUCCAUCAAUGCCAGCUGUCAGUGACAUCAAUGCCACCUGCCAGUGCCCAUCAGUGCCUCAUCAAUGCCACAUAUCAGUGCCUAUCAAUGCCACAUAUCAGUGCCACCUAUCAGUGCCAAUCAGUGCCACCUAUCAAUGGCAGUCAGUGCCACCUAUCAGUGCUGCCAGUCAGUGCCGCCUAUCAGUGCGCAUCAGUGCCACCUAUCAGUGCCCAACAGUGCUGCCUAUCAGUGCCGACUAACAGUGCCAUCCCAUCAGUGAUGCCUGUCAAUGCCCAUCAGUGCCACCUACCAGUGCCUCCUCAUCAGUGCCCAUCAGUGCCACCUAUCAGUGCAGCCUAUCGGAGCCCAUCACUGCAG